AUGGCUCAUUUGUCUGUUAUAAUCCUUCUGGUUUUUGUUCCCAUUGUUGUAUUUUUCGCGUUGUUGAGUAUUAUUUGCUGGAAUUCUGGUCGCAGUUCCAGCGGCGGAGGACAUGCUCAUUUCGGCGGCGCCGCCCAUGAUGGAGGAUUCCAUCAUCAUGCCGGCGGUCAUGCUCACCACGUGGCCAUCGUAACCCAUUCUGGAGGUGGAGGACACGAUUGUGGAGGUGCGGCCGGAGGCGGAAGGGGAGGCGGAGGCGGCUCUAGCUCUGCCUGUUGA